AAGCCUUGAGAGCCUCCCAUUGUUGUUCCUUGAGAGGAGCUUCAUCCUCCAUCUCCCCCAAUGGCGUCUUCUUCACUCUCGUCUCUUUCCUCCAUCCUCAGCAACCCUCAAGGCUGCUCUCUCUGCUUCAAAUCCUCUACAAGACGCGGUCUCUCUCGAACAUUCCUCUCCUCGAAACUUAACCAUUCUUCUUCUUCUUCCUCUGCUCUCCUCCCUCGUUGCUAUCGUCUCACACAGAACUCGAUCAAGAGGAAGAAAGGGUUUGCAUUAGAUCUUUCCAGAAGCUUCUCUGUUUCUCAAACUAAGUUCGAUGGCCCAAGCCUCCACCAAUUCAUCUCCAAAGCUCAAACUUCCCUUACCGCUCCUCAAACCGAAUCUGAAUGCACCACACAAGACUCCGACAUUUCAUCACCAUCAAAAGGUAGGAUCUAUCACGAAACAUACGGAUGCCAGAUGAACAUCAACGACAUGGAGAUAGUCCUCUCCAUCAUGAACAACUCCGGCUACAAAGAAGUAGUCACCGACCCCGAGAGCGCGGAAGUCAUCUUCAUCAACACUUGCGCCAUCCGUGACAACGCGGAGCAGAGAGUGUGGCAAAGGCUCAACUACUUCUGGUUCCUGAAACGCCAAUGGAAAGCCAAUGUCGCCGAAGGGAGAGCAAAGUCUACUAAACCUCCCAAAGUUGUCGUCUUGGGAUGCAUGGCUGAGAGGCUAAAGGACAAGAUUCUUGAUUCCGACAAAAUGGUCGAUGUGGUGUGUGGUCCUGAUGCGUACAGAGACCUCCCGAGGCUGCUGGAAGAAGUGGACUACGGUCAGAAGGGAAUCAACACUCUUCUCUCUCUAGAAGAGACUUACGCAGACAUAACUCCUGUCCGAAUCUCUCAGAACGCUAUAACAGCCUUUGUAUCGGUCAUGAGAGGAUGCAACAACAUGUGUGCUUUCUGCAUUGUGCCGUUCACAAGAGGGAGAGAGCGGUCACGUCCUGUUGAGUCCAUCGUCCGCGAGGUUAAGGAGCUGUGGGAGUCCGGUGUGAAAGAAGUGACUCUCUUAGGACAGAACGUGAACAGCUACAACGAUGAUUCGUCUGAUCCUGAGCCAUCAGGAGGAGGGGGUGCUAAGUGGGAGUACAGUGAAGGGUUCUCGAGCAGGUGUAAGGUUAAAAACAUGGGUUUGAGGUUUGCUGAUCUUUUGGACAGACUCUCUUUGGAGUUUCCUGAGAUGAGGUUUAGGUUUACUUCUCCUCACCCUAAAGAUUACCCUGAUGAUCUGCUGUAUCUGAUGAGGGAUAGGCAUAACAUAUGUAAUCUCAUUCAUCUUCCUGCACAGUCUGGUAAUAGUAGGAUACUUGAUAGGAUGAAGAGAGGUUACACCAGAGAAGCUUACUUGGAUCUUGUUAAGAAGAUUCGGAGUAUUAUACCGGACGUGGCUAUAACCAGCGAUUUCAUAACUGGCUUCUGUGGAGAAACCGAAGAAGAGCACCAAGAAACGCUAAGCCUGGUGAGAGCAGUUGGAUACGACAUGGCGUAUAUGUUUGCAUACAGCAUGAGGGAGAAGACGCACGCUCACAGGAACUACACAGACGACGUUCCAGAGGAAGUGAAGCAGAGACGUUUAACAGAACUCAUCGAAGCCUUCCGCGAGACAACAGGUCCUUGUUACGACUCUCAGGUCGGUUCGGUCCAGUUAGUUUUGGUGGAAGGGCCGAACAAGAGAGCUCCUGAGACAGAACUGAUCGGCAAAACAGAUAAAGGACAUCGUGUUUCGUUUGUUAGAAAGCCUCUUUUUGAUAAAGACAAAGGGAAUGGUGAUUUGAAGAGGAGUCCUGAAGUUGGUGACUUCGUGGAGGUUAAGAUUGAGAGAUCGACGAGAGCGUCUUUGUACGGAGAAGCUCUCGCGAUUAGUAAGAUGUCUUUGUUUCACGAUGUUGGUGGUGUCGAUGCUGUUGUUGCGUCUUGCGCAAGUUAAAGUUUCUGUUUUGUUUGUUUUUGAAAAAGGUUUUGGAUUAUUUUUACCUUUAUGUAUACUUUUAUAGUUAUAUCCAAAAUUUACUUUUUACAAUU